AUGGAAUUCCAUGUGACGGAUGAAGAUCUGAAAGGAAUCAGCGAAUCUGAAGAUAAGCUUGUUUUCUUCGCAAACGUAUCCGCUCGGGUAAGCGAAAUAGAAGAUGAACGAAAGCGUAUUAGAUUGGAGAAUAACCGAUCGUUCUCCGGCGAGCCGCGGCUCCCCCAAGCGUUCGUCGAUAAGAUUCGAGAAAUUUCGAACGGAGCGGCGUCGGAGGAGGAGAGAUUGGUGAUCGAGAAGACAUUGUUCGCGACGGAUGUGAGCCAUAUCCACAAUAGGGUUUCGAUUCCGGUGAGGAAGGUGAAGAACAGUUUCUUAACCGAGGAAGAGAGUAAUUUCCUUAGGGGAAAGAAUGGCAAGGGGAAACCGAAGUUUCUGGAUGUAAUCGUGAUCGAACCGUCGCUGGAGCAAACGGAGGCGAAGCUUAGCAAUUGGAAUUCAUGCUAUGUGAUCAAGGGGACUUGGAAGAAAAUUGUCCGGAAGAAUGGUCUCAAAUCAGGAACUGUUCUUCAAUUCUGGGCAUUUAGGGUUCAGAAUCAGCUCGGGAUCGCCAUUGUUGAGAGGAUUUAG